AUGGGAAUUAGCAAAGCUGCCUUGCUCUUUCUUUUUGUGCUCAGCUCAGUGAAAGGAGAUGUACUGGAUGACUAUUUAAGAACGGAUGGUGUUUGGAUCCUUACUAGAAAUAAGCAGUUUUAUGAGACAAAUAAUGAAAUAGAAUGCGCAGAGAAAUGUGAAGCUGAAAGAAAUUUUAAUUGCAGGGCCUUCCUAUUCACCAGGAAAAAGCUACAGUGUUUAACAUUGGCUGAAAAUACCAAAACAACACUGACAUUCAGCAGCACAGAUUCAGUUCUCUAUGAGAAGAGAAUUUACCUUCUACAAUGUAAAAGAGGAAUUGGGAAGGACUACAGAGGAACAGAAGCCAAAACUUGGAGAGGUAUUCCAUGCCAGAAGUGGGCAGAAAAAACACCCCACAAUCCAAAUAUUACACCUGAAAAAUACCCCAGUGCAGGGUUGGAGGAAAACUACUGUAGAAAUCCUGAUGACGAUGUAAAUGGACCCUGGUGUUAUACAGCAGAUCCCACGAUCAGAUUUGAUUACUGCAACAUCCCAGAGUGUGAGGGCCAGGUCAUGCACACAGCAGAAGCUGCAGAAGGUCCCACAGUGGAGUGCAUGAUGUGUAAUGGUGAAGACUACCAUGGAAAUGUUUCCAGAACAGAGUCUGGGCUUGAGUGCCAGCGCUGGGAUGCCCAAGAACCUCAUAUGCAUGGAUAUACACUGAAACACUUUCCAGGGAAGGAUCUGAAGAUGAAUUAUUGCCGUAAUCCUGAUGGUGAACUUCGGCCUUGGUGUUUCACCACCAGCCCCACUAAACGCUGGGAGUAUUGCAACAUUCCUCGUUGCACUAUGCGCCCACCAGUUUCUGGCCUGAGUUCCCAGUGUAUUUCAGGGCAUGGAGAAGACUAUCGAGGCAGGAUAGCUAUCACAGAAUCGGGAAACAUUUGCCAGCACUGGAACAUGCAGUUUCCUCACAAACAUGGCUGGAUUCCUGACAGAUAUCCCUGCAAGGGCUUAGAGGAAAACUACUGCAGAAACCCUGAUGGAGAGAAGAGGCCUUGGUGCUACACUAGCAACAGCAGUGUUCGGUGGGAAUACUGUUCAAUUCCCCGUUGUGAUGGGACAGAGCAAGGGAGCGCUGAUGUGCCUGCACAGAUUCCGCAGGUGGAGGAGUGCUAUCAAGGCAAAGGCCUAAGUUAUCGUGGCACAACUUCCAUCACUGAAUCAGGAAGGAAAUGCCAAGCCUGGAACUCCAAGUCCCCACACAAUCUUGAAAAGAUCCUGGAAAAAUUCCCAAACGCGGAUUUGAGGGAGAACUAUUGUAGGAACCCAGAUGGUGAUGACCGCCCAUGGUGUUUCACCACAGACCCCAACAAGAUAUGGGAGUACUGCAAUCUCAGGAGAUGUGAUGAUCGUACAGAAGAGGCCACAUCAAAUGACCAGAAGGCACAAAGUGUUGGCCUGACUACACCCACCACGUCUGACUGCAUUAAUGGCAAUGGUAAAGACUAUCGUGGCACAGUAGCAAAAACUGGAAACGGCAGGACUUGUCAAGAGUGGAGUUCUCAGAGCCCUCAUAGCCACAAAUACUUCACUCCUCUGACUCAUCCAAGAGCAGGCCUGGAUAAAAAUUAUUGCAGGAAUCCCGAUGGAGAUGUAAAUGGUCUUUGGUGCUUCACAACAGACCCAGAAAAAAAAUGGGAGUACUGUGAAAUUCCGCGCUGCUCUUCUUCUGAUCACGACUGUGGAAAAUUUCCAAUGAGAAGUGGGCGAAUCUGUGAGCAAUAUGGCAUGUGUGAUGCAUCUCCAGGGUCUUGGCCUUGGCACAUCAGUCUCAGGACAAGUACCAACACACACCAUUGUUCUGGCACUCUGAUACAUCCACAGUGGGUCCUAACUGCAGCUCAGUGCUUGCAAGAGUCAACAGAUCCCUUUUCCUAUAUGGUCUUUCUUGGGAUACAGAAUCUAAAUGCAGUAGAGCCAUCCCUUCAAAUCCGAAGUGUUCAGAAAUUGUUAAAGGAACCAAGCGGAGCUGACAUUGCCCUGCUAAAGCUUCACAGUCCUGUAAGAAUUAGUGACCAUGUAAAACCAGUUUGUUUGCCUGAAACAAGUCUGAUGGUGGAAAGAAACUCAGUAUGUUUUCUAACUGCCUUUGGAAAAACAAGAGGUAAUGCAGGCAAGACAUUAAAAGACAUUGAAUUCCCUGUGCUUGAAAACAGAAUAUGCCAUCGCCCUGACUUUUUACAUGGGAGCAUCAAUAAUCAUGAAUUUUGCGGUGGAUUUACUUUUGGAAGCGUACGUUACUGUGAGGCUGAAGUUGGAGGACCUCUGGUCUGCCAAAAUAAAGACAGAUUUGUCCAAUAUGGAGUCACCUCUUGGGGACUAGACUGUAGCCAGCCAUCAAAGCCUACUGGUUUUGUCCAAAUUCCUAGCUUUCUUUCUUGGGUCAAGAAUGUAAUGGCUGCCCACUGA